AUGAGUUUAGAUAUUGAAGAACUUAAUUUGGAUAUCGAAGAACUUUUAUCAGAUUCAGAUGAGGAGGAUUUUCAACAAUUAAUGACAAUUUAUAUUAACUUCAAGAAUAAUGGAUUUCUUAAAAAGAAACCCCGCUUGCAAAGGAUUUCAAAGUUAACUGGUCAUCAAUAUAUUCAACAUUCUUUGGACACAAUUCAUCGUCAUUUUCGGAGGGUCUUGUAUGCCAUAUCUUCUUUGUCGAAGCAUUUGAUCAUUCCUCCACCAUUUGAUGAAGCUCCUCCAGAGAUAAAAAAUAAUCCAAGAUAUUAUCCGAUAUUCAAGGAUUGUAUUGGAGCUAUUGAUGGAACUCAUGUAUCAGCACGUGUACCGCAAGAUCAACAAAUUCCAUAUCGGGGGAAAAAAGUUGCGCCUACGAUGAACGUAAUGUGUGCUUGCUCAUUUGACAUGAAAUUCACAUUUGUGAUGGUUGGAUGGGAAGGUACGGCAAAUGAUUCAAGAAUCUUUUGGGAAACGAUUACAAAUAUAGAACAAACUAAGUUUCCAAUGCCUCCGAGGAGGAAAUAUUAUCUAAUUGACUCGGGGUACACAAAUAUGCCUGGCUUUCUUUCACCGUAUCGUGGAGAACGGUAUCAUUUGCGUGACUACAGGGGAACAACGAGCCCACAAGGUCCAGAGGAGAUAUUUAAUUAUACACAUUCUUCAUUGCGUAAUGUUAUUGAAAGAUGUUUUGGGGUGUUGAAAGCUAGAUUCCCCAUUCUCAGAGACAUGCCUCAGUAUGAUUUAAAAAGACAAAAGUAUAUUAUUUUGUCAUGCUGUGUUGUCCACAAUUUUAUAAAAAUGUGCAAGGAUGGAGAUCCCUUGUUCAUACAUUAUGCAGAUGAAAACGUAGAACUUGAAGAUGAAGGAAUACUCAAUGGCUCUGAAGAAUUAGCGACUCCUAGUGUUAGUCAAAAUAAACUUCGUCGAAUGGGCAAGUUUCGAGAUCGUUUAGCAAAACGUUUGUGGGAAAGACAAACUUCACAAUGAAGUCACUGUUUAGAGACUAACAGUACAUGGUAUUUGACUAUUUCUUUUUGGUUGUGUUACUUUUUUGUAGGUUUUUUAUUUGAGUUAUGUUAUGGCGUU